CAACAAUGGCGUCCUCCAUUAGUGCGUGCAGGUUACAUUUAUGUUUAAGGUCUAAAUUAAUAAACUGUUUUCCGAAGUACGAAACGUUUCUUUACAGAGGUGUUGGAACUGACGCCGUUGUCGCCCAAGCUGAGACAACUCGUAGAGACGUGACUGAUGAAAAGGAUGGACGCAAGACUUUGCACAGUCUCCUGAAGGAGAGACAAGAACAGGCAGAGAAAUCGGUUCUCAUCAGCUGCCAGCCCCGAACGAAUCAGAAAAGGUUCCUCAAAUACUUAUCGACGCACGGAGACGUCAAGAAGUGCUUCUUUUAUGAAAGCUACGGCGUGUAUGCUGUUGUGGAGUUUGCCAGCCGGGACGGUGUUGCCUCUUUACUCCAGGCGGCUGCCAUCCCCAGCGUCAGCCACGAGUCCAUGGUGCCUUUUAAAUCACGGCUGCUCUCACUCAGAAACGUGAGCUCGGCGGAGUCACCGGGCCAACAGUCGGAUGUUCAGUACCAGCCUCAGAUCCCCGUUCCCAUCAACGAGCUCAUCCAGAGGCUGUCGAGACAGGAGACUGUAGACCAGCAGAUAACCUCCUUGACGGAGGCCUAUCAGCUUACAGAGGAAAACAGCAGGCUGCGUUUCCUCGUCUGCUCUCUGCUCAAGGACAUUGCUGCUGCUUAUUUUCCAGAGUGCACUAUCAGACCGUUUGGCUCCUCAGUGAACGGCUUCGGAAAGCUCGGCUGCGACCUGGACAUGUUCCUGGACCUGGACGGCAUCGGCGGCCGGAACGUGAAGAUGCCUCCAUCCGGCCUGUUUCUGGAGUUCCAGGUGAAGCGGGCCAACUCGGAGCGGGCCGUUACCCAGAGCGUCCUGUCCGUCAUCGGGGAGUGCGUGGACCAGUUUGGGCCAGGGUGCGUGGGGGUGCAGAAGAUUCUCAACGCACGAUGCCCGCUGGUCCGCUUCGCUCACCAGCCCUCGGGUUUCCAGUGCGACCUCACGGCUAACAACAGGGUGGCGAUGAAGAGCACGGAGCUGCUGUACUUGUACGGAGAGCUGGACCCGCGGGUGCGUUCCCUGGUGUUCGCCGUACGUUGCUGGGCCAGAACUCACAGCAUCACGAGCAGCAUCCCCGGAGCCUGGAUCAGCAACUUCUCCCUCACCGUCAUGGUGCUGUUCUUCCUGCAGAAGAGGAGCCCCGCCAUCAUCCCCACGCUGGACCAGCUGCAGCACCUGGCAGGUCCUGCAGACAAGAGUGUGAUCGAGGGAAACGACUGCACGUUCGUCCGAGACUUCGGAAGGAUCCGGCUCCAGCAGAACACGGAGACGCUGGAGCGGCUGAUGAACGAGUUCUUUGAGUUCUACGCCACAUUUCCAUUUAGCAGGAUGUCCAUAAACAUACGAAAGGGAAAAGAGCAGAACAAACCAGAAGUGGCGCCGCUGCACAUCCAGAACCCGUUUGAAACCUCCCUGAACGUCAGCAAGAACGUCAACGCCACCCAGCUGGAGCGCUUCGUGGCUCUGUGUCAGGAAAGUGCGUGGCUGUUCCAGCAGAGCGACAACAACACACGCAGAGCCGCUGGCACGGACGGCACCCCGGCGGCCUGGGGGCUCGCCACCCUGCUCAUGCCCUCACAAGUCGCACGCAUCAAAAGUCGCAAGAAAAGAAAGCGGGAGCCAGCAAGCGAGAGGAUCAAGAGCUUGCUCGAAUCCCUGAAGACUAAAAAUCAGGGGAAAAAGAGUUGAAGACUCUUGAAAAUCUCCAAGACUGUCUUCAUAUUUGUUUUUAUAAAUGUAGAAAAACCCAGUUUGUGCCAUGUUUGGUGCGUCGCGCCUGAAAAGUGAGGAAAAAACAGGGCAGCAUCUCCAGGACUGUAGUACCAAACAUGGACACCUGAGGGCGCCGCUGAGGCCAAUUUACUGCAACGUUGACUCCACAAAACUGCACUUGUGUACUCUUGUUAUUAUAAUAGUGUGGACUGAGAACAAGUCUGGCAAGUGCACACAGCUGUUUACACUUUUACCAAAAUCAUAAUGGUUUAAAAUGUCUUUAUCAGAUAAAACAGGAGAGGAGGGUUGAAUAAACAAGCUGACCAACAAGUGGAAGCGCUCAUUGCUUUUAUUACGGAGCUCAAGUGUAACAAAAGGCAACUGUGCAAUUUCAGAACCCAACUUUUACUCUAAUAGUGGAAAAAAUGUGUUGAGGAAAUAUUAUCCUGUUCUUUUUUUCUCAAAUAUCCAUUUGCCAAAAUAAAUUCAAAAUUUUUAAACUUUUCUUGAUACUCUUGAAAGAGGAGUGUC